CAACUAAAUUGAUAAAAACUUGAGUCUUAGUUUAAUCAAUUGCUAAUCAUCAAACUAUUGAUCAAUAAAUACAAAAACAAGUUAAUCAAUCAUGAUGAAUAAAAACUCAACAUGAUUGGCACUGAUCAAGACAAUCUGAUUAACUAAUAAUCAAAAUUUACUCAAUUUACUUAAUUAACUCAAGAGAUUUAAACAGCUACUGUAUGUUUUACUCUUCAAAUAAUUAACAAAAUUGUAAAUUGAUUGAUAAAUGAUCAUGUUCUUGAUUGAAUUAGAUUAAAGUUGAUCAUUAAUUACUUCCAAAUGGAGAUCAUCAGUUGAUUCAAUUGUAAAUUAAUGAGUUGAAAACAAACAACAAUUAAGAAAAUUUAAAACAAAAAGUUAUGUUGAUUAACGACUAACUACUAAUUAUGAUUAAAUAUCAAAAUCAUGCAUCGAAGUUACAAUCAACUGUUCAAAUCUUAUCAACAAUCAAAAAACAUAAUUAAAUAAAUGCAAUUUAAGUUAAUGUUAAAAUUACUCAACCAAAUUAGUUAAUUGUUUCGGUAAAAAACCAAAGUAACAAUAUUAAACUCAAUUAACAAUCAAUAAUUGAUCAAAAUUUGGCAGAACUCAUUUGAUUAAUGUGAUUGAUUGUGUGAACAAUUAAAAUCAAUGAUAAUGACUAUUAACCAUUUAAACGUAACUUUUUUUCAUUCAUUUGAUUGUGAUGAUUAGUUAAGGAGUGUAUGUGAAUGAAUAUAAACAAUUGUAUUAAAAAAAUUGAAUCAAUGGAGAUGAGCCAGAUACAAGGAAGAUAAUUACUUAAUCAGUUGAUUAAUAUUAUGAUAAAUUAACAGCAGGCUUAAGAUUAUCUGCUAUUCAAAUCAUGAUGAAAAAAACGUUGUGAAUUCAAGUUUGUGGAAGAACAAUUAAGAAAAAAUUACUAAAUAAUCAAUCAAAUCAACACGAAUCAAUUGUAUGAAAACCAUUAUGUUCAUGAUUGUGAUUCAAUGUUAAUUGUUUCACUAAUGGAAAGCACAAUUUGAAUUGAUUGUGAUCUUAAUUGCUGAGAACUUAAUUGAAAUUGAAAGUUAGUAAAAUGUGAAGGACCAACUUAAUUAAACCCGACAAAAAAGAUUUGCUAAUUGUUUAAACAGUAGUUAAUUUAUCUAGAAAUUAAACAAUCAAUAUCAUCUCCAUAACAAUUACAAAACUAAUUGCGUAAAAUUAACAAACAAUUAGAUGUUGAUUAACAAUAAACAGUGAAAAUCAUUGAAAAGUUUUUUUCUUGUUAAUCAACUUAAUUCAAUUAACAAUAUCUCUCAAUGUUGAUGAUUAAUCAGAAAGUGAUACAGGGAUGAGGAUGAAAUUGAUGAGCAUCUUAAGGUUGAUGUUAAAUCAAAAGUAAAAAAAUUAGGUUUAUAUUUGGUUGAUCCUCAAGUUAAUCCAUCAUUUAAGACUUAAAGAAACUUGUUAACAGGUUAUUUAACUUAAAUUGUUGUUAAUUGUGUUGAUAAUUAAAGUUCUUAAAGUAGAAAAGGAUGAAUUUGAUUGAUGGAUGAUCAACGUUUAUAAUUUAACUGGAUUUGUAUUGAUUGUUGUUUGUGUUGGGUCAAUGAUGUCAACGCGUUUCGAUUAACAAUUAGCUGACAAUCAAACGAGACAAAUAACAAUAGAAAAAGAAAGAAAGAAAGAAAGAGAAAAUUAAGAUCAGGGGGAAAGGAAAUUCGAUUGAAAUCGAUACAAUUUCUUAAUUUAGAACGAUAAUCAAAUAGUAAUCAACUUGAUUAUCGUGAUCUUCAUUUUCAUUUAAUCAGUUGAUCAUCAUUAGCUUCCAAUUAAGUGAAACAACAAAACAAAAUUCAGUGAAAAAGUUUUUCAUUAACUAUUAAUAUGAUCAAUUAAUAUCUAUGGAAAUGGUUAAUAUUUUUAAUUGUUGUGAUUUUUUCUUUUGCUGUGGUUCAUUUGAUUAUUUAGUUAAUUAUGAAAAUAUCCAAUUAGUUUUUUUGUGAUUAAUAUGAAAUUGAGUGAUGCCAAAUAAACAUGGACAACAAAUUAAUAUCAUGGGGACAACAAGCACGACAAUCAACUCAACAAUUAGUGUUAAUAUUGCCAAAUAUUGAUAAUAUCAAAGUGAUACACUUUUAAUUGUUGAUUUGAUUUUUCAUUAUUUAAGUUAAUUUUUUGCUCUUUAAACAUGAAUCUAGCCAAUAUUUUUCAAUUGUUAACAAUUUAUAACUUAUUAACCUCAAUGGACAGUUCACCUAUGAGAGUGACCACAAGAACGGACAAAAUACUGUCCAGAUAUAAACGGGAUUUGACCUUACAACGACAGUUUCCAAGUGGGGCAAUGGGGUUUCUAAUGAUGAUGUUACCGUUAUUACCGUUAGCUUUACGUAAGAGUAGGAGUUUUGCCGUUUUAAUGCCGAUUCCCGUUCCUAUGAGAAAUCAACAACCACCAACAAUUCAGAAAGGAGGAGGAAACUCUGAUUUAAUGUUAAUGAUGAUGAUGAUGAUGUCGAUGAUGAAAAACAUGGAUGGUAAACCCUCUCAUCCAUGGGGUACAGUCAGUAACUGGCCUCCACCACCAAACCCUAACCCUUGGCCUUCACAACCAGCUAAAGAUCCCUGGCCAACAACAACUCCGGCUCCAGAUCCUUGGCCCUCACCGGCAAAAGAUCCUUGGCCUACAACCACCCCAACACCUGACCCAUGGUCAACAAAACCACCAGAUCCAUGGGCAAGUAAACCCUCAGAUCCAUGGGGCAAUAAGCCUUCUGACCCUUGGCCAUCAAAACCAGCCGAUCCAUGGCCUGCUAAGCCUGCCGAUCCAUGGGCUAAACCAAGUAAUCCGUGGGAGACAAAACCCUCAAACCCUUGGGAACAAGGUAAACCGUCAAAUCCAUGGGAUCAAACGGCUAAACCAACGGGUAACCCUUGGGAUCAGGGGAAACAGCCGAGUAAUCCAUGGGAUCAAUGGAAAGGUGGUGCUGCUAAUCUUUGGGAUCAACUUAAAAACGUCGGGAAUCCUUGGAAACAACCAUCUAACCCAUGGAAUCCAAUUGAUAAUUCGAACCGUAAAUCAUCACCCGAUUGGGGUUAUGGUGAUAGUGAUCAAUAUGCUGCGAUGAUGAAUCAAAUGGCUAAUAUGCUAAAAUAUUAUAUGAAAAAUAUGACAACCACAACACCGGCGCCCGCAGGAAAAAUGGAGGAUUGUCCAAAGUGUAAUGUACAGGUUAAUAUUAACAACUCGAAUGCAUCGCCUCGUCACAAUCAAACUCAAACGACAAGUUAUGGAGUCAAGAAAAGAUCGAAAGAGGCAAAAAUCGCGGGAACACCAGGUGAUCCAGUCUCUGAAGCACCAAUUGAUGAUGGAGCUACUGCUGGUCCACCAGUCGAUGCUCCACCCGAAGGUGUUGAUGAAAAUGCUCCAUUUGAUCCAAAUAAUCCUGAUCAACCACCUAUUCCAGAAGACCCUUCGUUGGUUGAUGGCGGAGGUGGUGGUGAGGAUGUUGAUCUGGACGGUGAUGGUUUUCGUGAUCCUACUGGACAACAAGUAUCCCGAUUUGGUCAACAAAGACAAAAUUUAGCUCAUCGACGUCGAGAUAAAGGAGCUCGUCGACUUAAUGGACAUUCACUAGGAAGACCGAUGAUUUUACCUCAUGAGCCUUAUAAUGGUGUUCGAUACGCUGUACCAAAGAGCAAAUUACACGAAAGAUCGCAAAUGAAGUCAAUUCAAUAUCUACCUCCAACACCUCAACAACAACCUCAUCCACCAUCCUCAUCACCUUUUACUCCCCAUCAAAUACUAUUACAUCCUCCACAAGGCCCAGCGUUCAUGUCUCCAGCUAUGGUUCCCGUGGCUCAACCAGGUUACCCUGGACGAGCAGUCGUUUACACUCAAGAUUUACCCAAUACAUUUGGACUACAACAGCAACAACAACCAGUUAAUCAGCCUCAACCUUAUUAUCAAGUUCCAAAUAUUCAAGGUGGAGCAUUUGUUCCCGCAGGGUCAACAAGAGGAAAUUACAAUCAAAUUAGUCAACAACUUCCAAAUCAACAACUACCUCAGUCUGGAACAGCACAAUACGAUGAUUCUCAAUAUGAGAUAAUAAAAAACUCAGAAUCACAGAGGGAAAGUGAUUAUUCACAUGAUAAACCGAAAUCAACUCUUGAAUCUGAAACGAAAAUUCAUCAAGGCAAAAUAACCCUUUUGUCUAACUCAAACCCUGAAGAUUAUAAUACUCAGCAUGGUGGAGAUUCAGUUGAUCAAACAGGAUCAAUUGUUAUUGGAAAACCAGUCCUGGGUAAACCUCCGCGAACCCAUAAAGCACCAAUGGAAUACCGAGCAUUCAUUGAAAACAAUAAUAAUGUUGACGGGACAUCAUCGACAACAUUUUCGUCAACUCAAACCAACAAAGAAUCAUCAAAUUUGAUGAAGACGUCAAUUAAUUCACGAAUGGAUUAUGAGAGUGAAAAAUCAACAAGCAUAACAACAGCUAAUCCACCAGUUUAUAUUCAACAAAGAUCAUCACAAGAUGAAUCUCAAGAAACAAUUAACGAUACUAAUAACAAUCAAAAUAAUAAUAGGAUGAUGAUAAUGCGAAAUAAUAUAAUCAGAGAGUCUUUACCAUCAUCAGCAUCUCAACCCAGACCAUUAUCAACAUUAUCUUCCUCAUUAUCUUCAUCAUUAAAUUCAACAAGAAAAGCAUUGAGAGAUGAUAGGGAUAAUUUUCGUGCCAAUGGCCCCUCGCCAUCACCAUUAACAGCAACCUUAUCAUCAACAACAGUUCCUUCCAAGCCCAAUUUUCGUGUCGAUGACCGAUCUAAGCAGCUUGGAUCGGACGCUAUUAGCCCAACCUCCUCUAAUGGAAUCGAAUCUUCAUCAUCAUCAUCAACAACAACAACACCAAAAUCUAUCAUCCCUAAUAUCGGAGGCGAUUAUGGUUCCACCAACUCAUCAACAGUCUUCUAUACCUUUCCAUUAUCCAUUGAAUCAUCAUCUUCAUCCGAGUCAAGGUUUCCCGAUUCAACAACGACGCCCAAUGUUCAAUCCUAUUCAGCCUUUUCCACACCCGCCGCCGUUUAUGAGGCAAAAUUUAUUGACAACUAUGAAAAAUACGAUCCGUAUGUUGACCAAAAAAUGGUUCACCAUAUUGGUCAAGAAAAUGGCACUUAUCUUUGGAAAGAAAUUAGCAAUCACAUUAACAAAGAUAACAUUAGCAAUUAUCUUUCGGAGUAUAAUUCUCAAACUGCUUCGACAUUACCAACGACCAUAUCUAUUGGUAGGGUAAUUGAUUAUGAUCAAGUUAACAAUGAAAGUAAAACUAUUGGUAAAAAUACUUAAAAAAUGAUAAAAAGUAAUGAUAAUAAAAAAAAGUAACUUUAAAUUAA